GAUCUGUGGGGCUGCAGUGCCUGAGCUGUGGGGCGCAGGACGGGAGCUGUGCCCAGGCCACCAACGUCACCUGCCCCCCGGACAGCGACGUCUGCGCCGAGGCCCUGGCGGCCGUCACCUGGAGUCACGGCCGGUUCGCCCUGGGUGGGCGUGGCUGUGGGCGUGGCCAGCCCGGGGCCAUCGCCCGCGCCCUCGAGCUUUUGGGGCUCGUGGUGUUCGAGCGGCGACGUCACUGCGGGGGCGGGGCCUGCAACCACCAGCUGCCCCUCGGCCAGCAGGGGGCGCUGCCCCUGCCCGCCAAUGGCAGCGCCCGGACCCCCAAUGGGCUGCGGUGUUUCGGGUGCCCCGAGGAGGGGCCCUGUCCCCCCACCACCAUCGUCCAGUGCUACGACGACCUGAGGGGCUGUUUCCAUGGCAACGUCACCCUCAGGCUGGGUAACGUGACGCUGUGGCGGGAGGUGCGGGGGUGUGUCCGGGACGGGAGCUGCGCCCAGGAAUGGCGGGGGGACGACGCGGCCUCGCUGAGCGGCUCCUGCUGCUCCGGCGACCUCUGCAACCGCCACCUGGCCAACAAGACCCUCUUCGACCCCGACCUGCCCCGCCUAGAGCUCCUCCCACACGGCCACGCCCCCACGGCCACGCCCAGGGCGGACAACAACGCCACCGCCGUCCCCGGCACACAGAACAACACCGAGGUCGGCGCUGGCAUUGGCGUGGGCGCUGGUGUCGGCGUGGCCACCGGUCACUCAGAUGUGGCCGUGUUUGACCCCAGUGUGGCCAGUGGGGGCAGGAGGGCCACUGGUGACAGUGACAAGAGGGCUGCUGGUGGCAGGAUGGCCACGGGUGGUGGUGGCAAGAUGGCUGCCGAGGGUGGUGGCAAGAUGGCUGCUGGGGGCGGGGACAAGAUGGCUGCCGAGGGCGGGGACAAGAUGGCCGCCGAGGAUGGUGGCAAUAUGGCUGCCAAGGGUGGGGACAAGACAGUCCCCUGGCACCAGGGGCGCAAGGACGGGACCAAGGGCCCGUCGGGGCGGGGCCACCCCCUGGAGGGGCCCGGGUGGCUCCUCCCCUUCCUGUUGUUGCCCCUCCUCCGUUAG